AUGACUGAAGUUAAAAGACUUCUACUUAAAAAACAACCGCUAUUAUCUUUGGUGCCACGUUCAACAGUCGUUGGGCCUCAACAAGUGAAACCAUUUUUUUAUAAAGAAUCUAUUCCUUCUACUUUAAAUAGUAAGAAAACAAUAUCUGAACCUCGACAAUUUGUUCUAUCUCAACAAAAAUCUUUGGAAUCGUCGCCAACAAUUGCAACAACGGUAUUAAGCUCUAUUGAUAGUAAUGAUACAAAAAAGACAAAUAGAACAUCAACUCCUGCUCUGGACAAACCUUCUUCGCCGAAAUUUAAUGAGAUAAAAAGUCAAAAAAUAAAACAACAACCACGUAAUGAUUCUAAUGGAUGUCUUAACGCAGCUCUUGUUACUAUUAUUCCACCUGUCUAUGUAUAUGUCAUUAGUCGAACAAAUUCACAAUCUUCAUUUACUAAUAUCACUCAAUCGAUCUGUUCUAAUACAACAUGUAUUGGUCAAGAAACAUCUUAUCGUUCUUCGAUGGUUACAGUUCUCUAUCCUUUUGAUGGCAAUUCAAAUGACUUAACAGGAUAUGCAACAGGACUACCAUUGGGUUCUUCUACACCUGGAUACACUACCAAUUCUUAUGUUGGUAGUCAAGCAUUAAGUCUCAGUUCUUCUUCUCAAUACAUUCUAAUUCCAAAUGUUGAUUUGGCUCAACGAAGUUUUACUAUACAAGUUUGGUUGUAUCCAACGAGUUCUCCCAUAUUAGGUGACUAUGGAAUAUUUGGUCAAUGUGAUUCAAAUUCAAAACGAAUUGAUCAUUUUAUAAUAUCAGCUGGUGCUGUUCGAAGUACUUGUCAGAUUUAUAAUGACGCAACAUUGACAGCCUAUUAUCCAUUUAAUACAGUUGAUACAUUCAAUGAUUAUAGUGUUAAUCUCUUCAAUGGAAUAGCAUCAGGUACAACUACGAUAUCUCAAGGAUAUUUUGGACAAGCUCUAUAUUUUCCAUUAAAUACGAGUUAUUUUCAAGCAGAAUGUUUUCCAUCCAUAGAAACAUCCAAUCCACCAUUUACAUUUGCACUUUGGGUCAAUCCAGCUACACUUACGGGUGGAGGUUCACUUGUUCAUGUAUCGAAUUUACAAACUGGCAAUGGAAGUUCCUGUUAUGAUCUUCUUGCUUUUACAUCGACAGGCUAUUUAGUAGUUCAAUGGAUGCAAAAUUCUGCAACUGUUCAUAGUAUUAAAGGUCCAAUCUUGCCAGCAAAUAAAUGGACUCAUGUGACUGUUGUAUUUGAAACAUCGAAUGGUAUGCACCUUUAUAUUAACGGACAAUUGAAUGUUGUUUCCACAAAUACUUCAAGCUUGACCACAUAUACCAUUACUGAUCCACAAUACAUUACAUUGGGUAAUAAUAGUCCAUUGGGUCCAUCUAUAUCGCUGACUUGUCGAAAUGGACCCAUACCGAUUGUAUCAGGAGCAUUUACAGGUGCCAUAGAUGAAUUUCGCAUAUAUAAUCGAGAUUUAUACAAUCAAGAAAUCUGUGUACUUGCUAAUCUUUAA